AGUAUUAUACUCAGUGGACAAAACCAUUACAAAGCAUGUAGCUUUAUUAAUAUACUGUUCGUAAAUGCUUAAUAUAAACAUUAUCGUGAUUUAAAUGACUAUUUAUUUGUAUUAGUAAAGAUUUACAUUGUUUUAUAAAUUGGUCUGGCUGGCUGUGUUAAUUAGUGUUACCAUGACGAACAUAUGCAUAUUAGUGUUGUGCGUUCUGGGCUCGGUGGCGGCGUACACGGGCCCCGACCUGCCGGAGGGCCCGUUCUGCGGCAAGACCCGCGAGUGCUGCCGCGACCGCCGCGACUCCUGCGCGCACAGGAUACUCGACACGUUGUGCUACUGCGACGAGUUCUGCGACUUCAAUCGAGCGCACGACGACUGCUGCCCCGACUACCUGCCCGUGUGCCGCAACCAGACCGCGGAGCCGGGGCUCAUCCUGCAGCCGUGCCGGCACCGCGGCCAGCUGUUCCUGCCCGGCCAGACCCGCGCAGACAACUGCAACACUUGCGAAUGCGUCCACGACGAGAGGACGAAGAAGACGGAGUGGUCGUGCGAGCGCGACGCAUGCCUGAUGAGCGACGACGUGGUGUACGGCGUGAACCAGCCGGGCCUGGGCUGGCGCGCCUACAACUACUCGCAGUUCUACGGGAAGAAGCUGAAGGACGGGCUCACUUACAAGCUGGGCACGCUGCCCCUGAGCCCCGAGACGCAGCGUAUGCUACCCAUCGAGUACGACUCGGACGCGCCCCUGCCCGACAGCUUCGACGCCCGGCAGCGCUGGCCCGGCUACAUCACUCCCAUCGUCGACCAGGGCUGGUGCGGCUCUGACUGGGCCGUGUCCAUCGCCUCCAUCGCGUCAGACCGAUUUGGCAUAAUGUCGAACGGCGCCGAAAGCCUGGUGCUGUCCCCGCAGACGCUGCUGUCGUGCAACCGGCGACACCAGCGCGGCUGCGGCGGCGGCAACAUCGACGUGGCGUGGAACUUCGCGGGCGAACACGGAUUGGUAGAAGAAAAAUGCUUCCCAUACACGGCUAAAACCGAGAGAUGUCCUUACCAGCCGCAUGGGGAUUUGAUCCAAGAUGGGUGUCGGCCGAAGGACCCGCGCCGCACGUCGCGCUACAAGGUGGGCCCGCCCUACCGCCUCGUCAAGGAAGAGGACAUCAUGUACGACAUCAGGGAGUCAGGCCCCGUUCAAGCUGUGAUGACAGUGUACCAGGACUUCUUCCACUACCGGGACGGCAUCUACCGGCGCAGCCGCCACGGCGACAGCAAGCUGCAGGGGCUGCACAGCGUCAGGAUCGUGGGCUGGGGCGAGGACCGCCAGGAAAAGUUCUGGAUCGUGGCGAACAGCUGGGGCACCGACUGGGGUGAGAACGGAUACUUCCGCAUCGCGCGCGGCUCCAACGAGUCCGGCAUCGAGUCGUUCGUGGUCUCCGCCUUCAGCGACGUGACGUCCGCGUUCCUGCGCCCGUCCGUCCGCCGCACCACAUAACAGAGGGGCCAACUCAUCACGCCGCUGUGUGUCGUCACACGCCCCUUUCAAACGUCCAGGGGUAUCGUGUGGUUUAAUUUUACGAAGUCAUUGGGUAGGUUUUGAUCUGUUGUACUGUUGUGGAUUCAAUGCUGUCUAGCGAGUAUAUCAUGGUAAUUCUGUAUUCAGCGCCAUCUACCAGCUCGCGACAGUAUUCUUUCAAUAUUGAUUUUAACGCUCUUUAGGGCGGUGUACAUUUCAUCUUCUUCAUGUA